UUGCUGUAAUGUUCAGGAUCUCACUUGUUGGCUGAGCUGUUAGUAACUUUCAGUGGUUGCCAGGUAAUGGAGACAAACAAUAAAGAGAAUAGAAUAGAAGCAGGAAAGAGAGAGUAGUAACGGCUUUUCAGAAACUGAAGCUCCUUUUCCAACAAAAAUAACAUCGCCUGUUUCUGCUGACUUAAGGAUUUGGUGGGUCCUCAUAGAUGAACAUGUUUUGAAAAAAGAUUACUAUAUAUUUGGUAUUUUUAAACACAUGUCCACAACAUGUUUUACAAAUCGUCCUGCAAACUGAAGAGAAAACACGGAUGCUGAAUACCACAUAUUGUGCAGAACAUUUUGAGUUAUCUUUGAUGUCACACAAUCAUCAUGGAAGAGAUUCCUGUCAAGGUUGCUGUGCGAAUAAGGCCUCUGCUUCCAAAGGAGAUCCUCCACAAUCAGCAGGUUUGUGUGCGAGUGGUCCCCAACACACAACAAGUCAUCAUGGGAAAGGACCGGGCCUUCACCUUCGACUUUGUGUUUGGACAGAAAUCCUUGCAGAAUGAAUUGUACGUUACUUGCAUAAAACCCUUGGUUUUGUCCCUGAUUGAAGGAUACAAUGUCACAGUGUUUGCUUACGGGCAGACUGGAUCAGGAAAGACAUACACCAUCGGUGGAGGUCAUGUUGUUUCCUCAUCUGAUGAAGAGAAAGGCAUUAUUCCACGCGCUAUCCAGGAAAUCUUCCACAGCAUCUCUGAAAACAACAACAGAGACUUUACAGUAAAGGUGUCCUAUAUAGAAGUCUACAAGGAGGAACUGAGGGACCUGCUGGAACUUGAAACUUCUUUCAAAGACAUGCACAUCAGAGAGGAUGAAAAGGGAAACACAGUGAUAGUGGGUGCCAAAGAGAGCCUAGUGAAGACUGCGGAUGAGGUAAUAAGUCUGUUAGAAUCUGGAAACGCUGCUCGUCACACAGGGACCACGCAAAUGAACGAGCACUCCAGCCGCUCCCAUACCGUUUUCACCAUCACUGUCGGCCAGGAAGGCUCAAAAUCUGAAGCAGAUCAAUUACAUGAAGGGCAGGCCGAGUCCGGCCCUCGCGAUUCUUUUCAGCUUAUAUCUUCAAAAUUCCACUUUGUCGACCUGGCUGGUUCAGAAAGGGCCGCCAAAACAGGUAACACCGGCGAGAGGUUCAAGGAGUCAAUCCAGAUCAACAGCGGCCUGCUGGCCCUGGGCAACGUCAUCAGUGCCCUGGGGGACCCCAAGCGAAAAAGCCUACACGUACCUUACAGAGACGCCAAGAUCACCCGUAUUCUGAAAGACUCACUUGGGGGUAACGCUAAGACUGUAAUGAUUACCUGUAUCAGCCCAUCUUCCUUCAAUUUUGAUGAGUCUCUCAACUCCCUCAAGUAUGCCAACAGGGCCAAGAACAUCAAAAACAAGCCCAUUGUCAACUACAACCCAGACUGGGACCGCAUGGAUGAAAUGGAGCUGGAGAUAAGGGCUUUGAGAGAGGCACUGCAGAACCAGCGCGCCAGCCUGAUGACUCGCGCCAGUCGUGUCUCCCAGGACCUGCCAGGAGGGCAUGACAAAACCCGCAUCCGCGCCAUGGAGGGGCAGCUGGCUCAGCUGCAGGUGGAGUGUUACCAGUACCGUACCUGCACUGAGGAUGCCUUCCAGUUCCUCCUGGAGCUGAAGGGAAUGGCCAGUCUGCCCAAAAUUCAUAAGCGCAAGCUACAGCAGUGGCUGGACACAGUGGAGGAGCUCCAGAGAGAGAACCCAAGCACCUCAGAAGCAGACAGCGGAGUCGGCAGUGCUGGAGAGGAACCCCAUCACAUCACCAUUCUGCAGCUCAAGAGAGAGUUGAAGAAAUGCCAGGAUGCCUUGACUACAGAUGAAGAGGUUUUCAUUCAGAAAGAAGCUGAAAUAAAGGAAUUACACGCUCAGAUUAAGUCACUCCUUCAGGAAAAUGAGGAGCAUUUGGCAGCUCUAGAAGAUGAAGAAAGCAAACGACGGAUACAGAAUGAGAAAAUGGUGGAGCAGCAACUAAUAAUAGAUCAACUGAGGGAAGGACUACUGAGCGUCAAGCAGAAGUCCUGCAGUUGUGUGAAUGGUGCUGGAGAUGCAACAGCCUCAGUGACCUCUUUCAAAAGACCUUACAGUGUUCCACUCAGUAACAAACACCAGCCACACUCUUCUCAGAACAUCCCCAUGCCAGACACCAGAAAGGUGCACACCAGCCCCCCUGCGUACUCCCUGGAAAGAGUAAUGGCUGCAUUCAGAACCCGAAGCCAGAUGCUGCUAGCACAAAUUGAGGAGCAAGAUGAGGUUCUGUGCCACAAGAUUACCGAUAGCAGCGAGGAAGAAGAAAAUGAUGAUGAGAAGAAAAAGGAAGGGAAGUUGUCAUUCAGGCGUUCUAUGAAUCGUACCUGGACUCGGAGACAGACUCCAUUAGUUACUGAGCCGAACCUCCAUGAUUUGUUCAUUAACCAUAAAAAGAACAAUGUCGGGAAUGAGAAUGAUCCUGAGCCUAAACACACUACAGAGGAUGAACUUGAGGCAGCCUUGGCAGAGGAAGCAAGCCUCAGACAAAGCCAAACUCUAAAUCUACAUAAUCUAAAGGAUGCUGAAUUAAGACUUACACAAGCCAAACAGAAGACAAAGGAACUAGCAAUUAAUAUCAGAAUGAAGGAGGAACUUAUCAAAGAAUUAGUGAAGACAGGUAAAGAUGCCCAGGAGGUGAACAGACACUAUUCCAUGAAGAUUGCUCACUUGGAACAAGAGGCUGACCAGGCCAAGAAGGAGCUGGCAGAGACCCAGAAACAACUGCAGGAGCUGGAGAGCAGAGAGGUCCAGGACGGUACAGAGAUAGCCAGGCUACAGAGAGAGUUCCGCAAGAAGGUGGAUACAGCUAAACUCAAAGUGCAGGUGCUGCAGAAGAAGGAGCAAGACACAAAGAAGCUGGCAUCUCUGUCAUCUCAGAGUGAGAAACGGCUGACAGAGCUGGAGAAGAACGUGGACCACAUGAAACAGCAACAAACCCAGCUUCACAAAAAACUGAGGGAGGAGGCUGAAAAAAAGAAAAAACUGGAGACAGAGAUAUACAGGGAUCAGCAGCGUAUAAAAGAUCUGCAGUUAAAGACAGAGCAGCAACAGAAAAUUCUGAAACUGAAAACUGAAGAAAUAGCUGCAUUUAAAAGAAUGAAACGUGCUGUCAGCACUCCGGAUGAGCAGCAGAGAUUAGAAAGGCAGCGGAAAUGGCUUGAUGAUGAAGUUGAAAAGGUUCUGCGGCAACGACAGACUUUGGCCGAGCUCGAAGAUGAGCUGAAGAAGAGAGAGGAGAUUAUUGCCAAAAAAGAGGCCCUUUCACAAGGAAUGAGCCAGCUGGAGAUAAAGAAACUGCGAUCCAGUCAGGCUUUAAGCAAAGACAUCUUGACACUGUCAACUCGCCUGAGUGUAGUGGACAAGGAAUUGUCAGAUAAAAACGAUCAGUUCAAAGGCAGCAGUGCAGAGAACAAGAAGAGGAUUUCCAAAGAGGUGGAGGUGCUCCAGCAAGAGAGGAACCAGCUGCUAAAGAGGAGAGACUGCCUUGAUGACAAGCUGAGGAAUGGUAGAGUGUUAACUGCUGAGGAGGAACACAUUAUAUUCCAGCUAGAGGAAGGUAUAGAGGCUCUGGAUGCUGCGAUCGAUUUUAAAAAUGACACUAUUGACAGCCAGCAGCACUCUGUUAGGGAUUCUACUGAAAUGCUGACAUCCAGUGAGGCCGGGGUCAUGGUUAAGCUCAGUACUCUCUCUUUCUCUGAGAUCAAAGCUCUUCUCUUCAGAUACUUUAAUAAGGUUGUGUGUCUGCGCGAAUCUGAGCGAAAGCUCCAGCUGCAGUGUGAGGAAAUGGGGAUACAGAUCAAAGAAGAGGAGAGAAUCGUCCAUGAGCUGGAGUCUGCUCUGGAGCGCCUCACCCUGGAGAUGGACAGGCGUCUGACUCUGCAGCAGAAAGAGCAUGAACAGAAGAUGCAGUUAAUAUUGCAGGGGUUCAAAGAACAAGGCAGUGAUGGUCUUGCAGAAAAUAUUAAUAUUUAUGAAGCUAAAGUUCAGCAGCUGGAGAAAGAUUUGUUCUUCUACAAGAAAACAAGCAGAGAGCUAAAAAAGAAAUUAAAGGAAGUUGUAGUGGAUUCACUCAACCAGCAAUCUGCUUCAACAAAAGGUAAUGGGGGUGACCAAGAAAAAAGUGUCAGCAUCUCAGAAGAGGACAAAUGGGCUACCAAGUUUAAAAGUAACAAAGCUAAUGCAAACUCUCAAAAGGACAGUGCUAGUCUUCAAACAAGUGCCCAAGCACAGAAGAACAGUAGAAUUUGGGAUGAGAUUGCAGAAAUAGCCCAGAAUCCCACUACUGCAAGCAGGAGGUGUUUAGCCAGCUAUGAGGAACAAUCAGCUGGAGAUGAAGCCCUUUAUUCAAUCACUGCUCUUUCAUCAGUUCCACAGUCUGGAGACAGUGCAGCACAGCUCCCUGGGGUAACUCCAGUCAGGGUGUCGAGGAGGGAACUGAGGCAGAUUUCUGCAUCAGAACUGUCAAACAGACGCUCCAGCCUUGGGGCCAGUGUGACCUCAAUCCAGGAAGACUCCAUUGAAAUAUCAUGGAAAUCCACUAACUUUAAGCAUUAGUAAGCACUUAAAUGGAGCCCUUAAUAUGAACUUAAGAGCGCACAAAACACAUUCCCCAGAUAGAAAGUCAAAAUAAAAACAAAAUCUACAGUUGUAUAAAUUGGAGCGCUUUCAUUCUUACUUAAGACUAUAAAAGGGUUGUGGACAAAUAAUAGGUGUUAAGAAUAAAGGUGAAUUUACUGGAGCUAUUUAGAUGAAUUCCCAGUAAAACAAAAUUCUGGUAAUAUCCAGAUAAGCAUUUUAAGUGUACCUGAAACCUUAUCUAGCAAAUACCACUGUUAAUAUUUGCAACAAGUAACAGCAUCAGUCUACAGUGUGUAUGAUGGCACAUAGCAAUAUGCUGGUUUAUCAUUGGAUACCCCCUAAAAGUAUCAACUACAGGAUUUAAAAACAUACAGUAUCCCAAACCAAGGUGUGGUUUUCAUUCCUGAUCAGCACCAUGAUUGUAAGCAUUUUGCUAUUUUUUCAUACCGUAUAUUCUUUAGCUUGUUUUCUGCAGACAUUACUUUGACCCUCAGCUUUUAAAGUAAUAAUUUUACAGCUUACAGAAGCUUGGUGUUUUGAGGUUUCUGAAAGAUUCCCAUGGCCUUGAAAUAAUUUUAAUCUGUGUUAUCUUGAUUUCUAUUACAUACUUGUUACUGUAACCAGGGUUAAGGCCGUGUGCAAUACACAUUACAGCAAUUCGGCUAACGUAAGAGGUGCGUUUACACUUAUUCUGGAAUGAACGACCAAGAGGACAUAUUACGGAAGAUUUUGGUUGUGUAAACGCUACCGAACGCGUCCUCUUAUCCUGUCAAAAGUUGGGGUUCCAUUCCGGCACAAUCGGAAUAUAUGCUUGUGUAACGGCGGUGAGGACACGUUCUGGAAUGAUUUGAGAAAAUUCCCAGCAGGCACUGCACGCAAACUAGCUACCUCAUCCCCUUGCUGCUUUCCUGUGAUUAACUAGGUGGUAGCAUUAAAUACUGUGAUUAAAUAUUCACUGCAUAUACAUUACAUGAACAUAGUGAAAUAAGAUUAAAUAUAUGUUGUUCACUUUUCGAAAGUUUUUCUUUUCCGUUUCGUCAACUUCCACCACAAGCACUGAAGGAGGUAGCAUUUUCAAAUAAUGGUGCUCGAUGCUGUCGUCAUCACGCCUUAGUAUCAAAUGGCUUCACCUUACAAAGUGCGCACGCUCUUUCUCUUCUCCUGAGAGAAGUGCCCCUGCUGUUGUUGAUAUGAAUGUUAACCUUUACAUGCUUUACAGUGAAGACAACAAAAACAUUCCAUACAUCUUACUUGUUUCGCUCUUCUAUUGGCUACAAACAUGUUCAUUUUAAAACAUAUCUGGUACUAUGUUAGGUAAAAGAAAGUUCUCAAUUCCUAUCCCAUGCCUUACUCUUAGAAAAUAUAUUACACUUGCAUUUCCUAGCAAGUGUUUUUCGGCAAAGCUGUGAGGCAAUAUUUUGUGUUUCUUCUGAA